AUGGAGACUGAGCAGAACCGGCAACUUCCUUUCCUAGAUGUUACCCUCGAAUCUACUGACAAAGUUCUCGUCACCUCUGUGUACAGGAAGCCAUCUCACACGGGUCAGUAUAUCAACUACAACUCCUGUCGCCACCCACAGAUCAAACAAGCAAUUAUUGCUACUCUCACUAGAAGAGCCAAGUCGACCUGUCACCCAGAUAAUUUAAACAGUGAAAUUGAUUACCUCAAGAGAACCUUUACUGUCCUCAAUGGCUACCCAGCCCGUCUUGUCUCCAGUACUAUCACCAAAACGCUUGAAUCAUCAGAACCGCGCCUCAAGCCUGAACCAUCCCCAAUCAGGAUCACAAUACCCUACGUGGGACCAGUCAGCCAUCAGAUAGUCCGACUAAUCAAGAGCAAUGCAAGCUUUGAUUGCACAGCCUUUAGAAAAGGUCGGACCAGGCAACGCCGUCUUUCUUUGCCCGAUUUAUCUGGAGGCACCAAGUGGUGUAAGAAGCUCUAA